GCACACACACACACACACUCAUGUCAGGCCGCAGGGUGGGCUUCUGUCUCAGCGACAAGAAGCGCAGGAGGAUGAACCUGGACGCCUUUGCACACUUCUGUGCCGUCCAUGGUGUGGAAGUGGUGGAGAUUGACCUCACUCAGCCGCUGAUACCACAGGGACCCUUCAGUGUCAUUGUUCACAAGCUUUCUGAUCUCAUUGUGGAGGCAGAGCAUGACAGUCAGUCACAACAGCUGCUGGCCAAUUUCCAGAGCUAUGUGUCGACUCAUCCCGAUACCAUUCUCCUCGACCCACUGCCAGCGAUGAGCCAGCUGCUAGACCGCUUCGCCUCUUACAGGAUCAUGAGCAAGUUGCACAAUUCACUCCGAGACUGGCGUAUCUGCAGUCCUCCCUACCUGGAGGUCCAGACUGACAGUGACCUGAUCUCCAUUAACCAGACUGUGACGGCUCAGGACCUAAGCUUCCCUCUCAUUUGUAAAACCAGAGUGGCACAUGGCUCAGUUUCCCACGAGAUGUCUCUGAUCUUCAGUGCGAGCAGCCUGGUUGACGUCCGUCCUCCCUGUGUCCUCCAGAGCUUUGUCAACCACGGAGCUGUUCUGCACAAGGUCUUUGUGAUCGGAGACAAACACUUCUGUGUAGAGAGGCCCUCACUGAAGAAUUUCCCCUCUGGUCCCUGUGACAGGAAAACGAUCUUCUUUAACAGCCACCAUGUGUCCAAGCCUGAGUCAAGCUCUGAUCUCACAGCUCUGGACGAGCAGAUGCCGUGCCUGCCUCCUCCCAGCUCCCAGGCCGUGGCCGCUCUGGUCAGAGAGCUCCGAGUUCAGCUGGGCAUGGCCCUGUUUGGUGUGGACGUCAUCAUCAACAUACACACACACACGCUGACUGUCAUUGACAUCAACAUCUUCCCAGGAUACGAGGGAGUGCCACAGUUUUUCUCCUCUCUGCUCGGCCACAUCAAGUCAGUGCUGGACACACAGAUGUCUGCUGGUCCACGUGGUCCAUGUGCUGGCCUUUAAGUCGCAUGGUCUUCAUGGCCUUACUGCUGUGUGUAUUAUUGAUCAUGUGUCGCUUAUGUGCCUCUCUGUGAUUCUCGUCACAUGUCAACAAACCAAACGUAACACACAUCCUGGUUGAAACCAUUUUCCAUUUAUUGAUUGACAGGUAGCAUAAGAAGAAGAUACACCAGGCACAGCAUAGAGCACUUUGAGCAGCCAGUAGUAUUACAAAUCAUGUUUCAGGGUUGUAUUUUCCUUUAUUUUCCUUUUACCGUUACUUGAAAUGUCCUCUAUGCGCAGAAAGUAACACGUCAUUCUUGCUUGUUUGUAAAAUACAUUAUGUGGGGAUAUUUUGCACUUGUACUGUAUAUCAACCAGGGAUGUCCGAUAAUAUCAGACAAGAUUAGCCUAUUAAUGUAAUAUCAGUUUUUGUGUCGAAAAUGAAAACCCAACAAAGUAAUACCUGGAUUUCGCCAAAAUGUGCGAUGAAAUGCUCGGUGUAUAUUGUGGCGAGCUCGAGACGCAGUAAGCAAUAACUGAUUCGAGGUAAAAGUGCCUUUUAUUUCUAUAACAGUCACAGCGUUGAUUUAGAAACUGCAUGAACUGCAUGAACACUCACAACAGACAAACACAAAGGUAGCAGUAAUCUAGUGUAACAUGUAUGAAAACAGUACAACAACGGUAGGGUUACUCCCAUCAUCGUGCAUGAGCAGCCAAAGGCAUGAUGGGAGUCACACAGUUGUGUUUGCUGUGAUAUUUAAGCAUUUAAUAUAACAUAUUUCAAUAGGUGUUAUUUUUACAAUGCUAUAUUUAGUAUUUAGUAUAUUUAUAAUGCAUUUACUGUAUGAUAAUGAUGAAAGUUGCUGUAAACUGAAAAAAACCCUACAGUGUGUACAGAGUAGAACAUGUUUCUGUUCAUUCUGUAAUUAUGUUUAUUUGACGUCAUAAAACUUGUAUGUAAUUUUAAAUAUUUAUACAACAAAGUGAUAAAGUGCAGCAUGUCAGUGAAUCCACACAGCAGCUCGUUAAUACAUUGAUAAUAAGUUGUAAAAUAAAUCCUACUGAGCGACAAAUAAAUAACUAAAACCUCA